UGGGUGGGCAGGCACACCCAGGCCAGAGGACCUGUGUGGGGGUUGUUGGGUGAGGCCUGGGCCGUUGCAGCCACGGGCCCUGGACGCAUUGUGAGAGCUUAGCCCUAGGGCAAUUGUGACUCGCCUCUUCCCACUGCCCUCCCUGCCAGAACCUUCCAGAUCAGGCGGGCAGGCUGGUGGACCCCGUGGGCACAGUGGGCUGGGCCUAAGGGCCCAGGUGGCCCUGGGAACAGCCAUGGCCAUGGCUCAGCGGCCACGGCCUGGGUGGGCUUCCUAUCACCACUACCCUGCCUACCACCAGCACAACAACAACUGCCAGGAUGUGGGCAACUCUAUCCUUCUGCUCUUGGGCCUUAUCAUCUGCAUCAACAUUGGCAUCAACAUGGUGACCUUGCUCUGGAGCCGAUUCCAAGUCAUCUUAUACCAGGUGUUCUGUGCCUUCUGUGAGAAAGAAGCCCCUAAACCAGCCCCGCCACCUGAGAAGCAGACCCAGUCCCUAAAGAAGCAGUGCAUCCCUGAAGUCCGCCUGCGAUGUACCAUGGACCCUGUGAAAAUGACCGUGACCCCUCCGCCUGUCCGCCGCCAUCACCAGCGGGGCUCUCUGUCACACCGGGCCCAGCGCCCCAUCGUUUGGGCCCCUGACACGGAUGACGAUGAGAAGCCCUCCCCUCAGCACCCAGCAGUCUGUGCCCACCACUGUGACGGCCCCAAGAACUGGGAAGCUUGCCAAUCUGUACAAGGGAUCUGGGCUCCCUGGAUGCAGGAUACCCUGGAACCAACCCCCACCACCAUCCGCUUCCAGUCCAACGUGGAGGGAAGGCCCCACAAGACAGACUUCCAUUCGGAACUGGGCCUGGAGGCCUACGUGUACCCUGUCAACCCCCCGCCUCCCAGCCCCGAGGCCCCGUGCCAUAAGAACACAGGGGGAGCAGGGGCCGGGGCCGUGGCGGAGACCGAGCCUGCUCAGUGUCAGCCCCAGCCAGCCCUGCCACCCGCCCUGGGCCCAGCUAUCGUUCCCGAAUUUCCCCGGCGCCGCUCCUCAGUCCGAAUAGUUUAUGAUGCCCGAGAUGUGAGGCGGAGGCUUCGGGAACUGACACGGGAGGUAGAGGCCUUGUCCCGCUGUUACCCCAUAGCCUCUGGAUCUAGCACUGCUGAGGGGACAAGUAAAGAUUGGGUGUAUCGUUCCCUGGCUGGCAGCCCUGGUGUGCUGGAGAGUUUGGUGGCAACCACUCACUGGUUCUUUUUUCUGCUGAAUGGGCCACUGUGCAAACAUAGGAUGGUGCCCCACCCCUGCUGCUCCCUCUGCAACCCCCGGUGAGCACUGGAGUGUAGG